AUGGCUGGUGGUUCAAAGGUGACUUUGCCAUCCUCUUCUCCCUCUUUUUCCUCUUCUCUUUCCUCUCUAUCUAAUGCAAAUAUCAAACAGAAUCUCCCUAUCACUCUCGAUAUGGAGAACGUUCAAUAUUCCACGUGGGCAGAAUUAUUCAAAAUACAUGCACGUUCAAAUCGUGUUAUACAUCACAUUCUUCCGUCAUCGAAAACAAAGGCUCUGCCUACUAAUGAAGAAAAGGAAGAAUGGACUACUGUUGAUGCUACGAUGUUCAAAUGGAUCUACAGCACAAUUUCGGAGGAUCUCCUUAACACCAUUCUGGAGCCUGAUUCUACAGCGCAAGGGGGUUGGGAGCGACUACGACACAUUUUUCAAGACAAUAAAACGUCCCGGGCAGCCAUUCUCGAACAGGAAUUUUCCAACACCUCUAUGUAG